AGCUCCUGCUACGUGUAACUUUAAUGCCACCUCCAGGCCUUGGGCUCGGGGACACUUCUCUGGCCCUCAUGUAGGACGCUCCUGGGACACCCCCACGGUUUUCUACCGCUCAGGUGUCAUACUGCGUUUGAUUGUUCAUCAGCCCGUUUACAUCUCCCACCUGCACUAGAAACGUCUUCAGGAUGACAGAGACCGUGCCCACUUGGUGAAGGACGGCUUCCCCGGUGUCUAGCACACACGCUAGAACCAACACAUCAUCGCUGCUGAAUGAUGGAUACACAAACUACUGUACACGGAAGUGUGCUUACUGUCCAUGGAUGGGUCUUUGCAGGAGGCGGUCAUCCAGCUCAUCGAGAUCUUUGAGCAGAGCUGCUCCUUUGGGAUUACACAAACCACACCACAUUGUAAUUGCUGAUUUACUGCGUUCACUUCCCCUUCGACUGCCAGCUCCCUGAGAACAGGGGCGGAGUUCUAUCUGUCUUUGAAACCCUGCACAAAAAGCACACACACUCCAUGUUUGGAAAGUUUAUCAAAAGUCUAUUUUUUUGAGAAUGGAUUAUUUACAGAAAAAGAAUGCUGAAGCAGUGAGGAACAUGGCGAUAAUACAAUGCACCAGCUUUGCCAGCCCAUUAAGAAGACCUUGACCAGGUUGUUGACAGAAAGAAUGCUCAAACAUCUGAGGAAAUGGUUUGUCACUCGCUUCCUGGGGCAUUCCCGGCAAAGAGCAAGGCUGGUCUCCAAGGAUGGAAGGUGCAACAUCGAGUUCGGCAAUGUGGAGGUGCAGUCCAGGCUUAUAUUUUUUGUGGACAUCUGGACAACUGUGCUUGACCUCAAGUGGAGAUACAAAAUGACCAUCUUCAUCACUGCCUUCUUGGGGAGCUGGUUCUUCUUCGGUCUCCUGUGGUAUGCAGUCGCCUACCUUCACAAAGACCUCCCUGAGUUCCAUCCUUCUGUCAACCACACCCCUUGCGUGGAGCACAUUAAUGGCUUGACCUCAGCUUUUCUCUUUUCUCUGGAAACGCAAGUCACCAUCGGAUAUGGAUUCCGGUGUGUGACAGAACAGUGCGCCACCGCCAUCUUUCUGCUGAUCGUCCAGUCUAUUCUCGGAGUCAUCAUCAAUUCCUUCAUGUGUGGCGCCAUUUUAGCCAAGAUCUCCAGACCCAAGAAACGUGCCAAGACCAUUACUUUCAGCAAGAAUGCAGUGAUCAGCAAGCGGGGUGGGAAGCUUUGCCUCCUGAUCCGAGUGGCUAAUCUUCGGAAGAGCCUCCUAAUUAGCAGCCACAUUUACGGAAAGCUUCUGAAGACCACAGUCACUCCCGAAGGAGAGACCAUUAUCUUGGACCAGAUCAAUAUCAACUUUGUGGUCGAUGCAGGAAAUGAAAAUUUAUUCUUCAUCUCCCCCCUGACGAUUUACCACGUCAUUGAUCACAGCAGCCCCUUCUUCCACAUGGCCGCGGAAACCCUGCCCCAGCAGGACUUUGAACUAGUGGUGUUUUUAGAUGGCACAGUGGAAUCAACCAGUGCUACCUGCCAAGUCCGGACAUCCUAUGUCCCAGAAGAGGUCCUCUGGGGCUACCGUUUUGCCCCCAUAGUAUCCAAGACCAAGGAAGGGAAAUACCGCGUGGAUUUCCAUAACUUCAGCAAGACGGUGGAAGUGGAAACUCCCCACUGUGCCAUGUGCCUUUACAAUGAGAAGGAUGCUAGAGCCAGGAUGAAGAGAGGCUAUGACAACCCCAACUUCAUCUUGUCAGAAGUCAACGAAGUAGAUGACACCAAAAUGUAACAGUGGCUUUUCCACACGAGGAAAGCAGCAUCGUGACAGGACCUAGUGACUAGAAGCAAUAUGAAACAGCCAGCAAUUCGGGGUUAUGAAAGUAUGACCAGAGCCUUUAUAACCUUCCAGCGCAAUGCCCCUGAAGCCUGCAACCAGGAUGCUACGAGACACGCAGCUCUCCAAGGCAACUGCAUUAGAACAUGGAGUGGAUUUAUAGGAAUCUGGAAUCUGGAAGCCACAGAAGCUUAUAUAGCGUCUUGAAUAGGCUUAUUUGAAAUCAUGCAGUGUUGAUGGGAACAGAAAAAAUCAUCCAAAGCCUCAUGGAAAGACCAAAGGAGAUCUUUUUAAAAAUCUCCCUGAAGGAGUUAUGAGCUUUAGGUAGGAUCAGGGGAAAACUAUAUUCUCAUUUUGAUUCUACUGAAAAGAAAGAAGCCACUUUUAUUUUAACAUUGGGUUUUUUUUUUUUUUUCAACGGAAGGAUUGUCUCCCAAGUUGGGGGAGGUGAACCAGUCAAAGACAAGAAAAAACACUGCUACGUGGGGACACUGGUGAGGCUCUGACCUCCUCCAUCCUGGUUGUUGGAGCUUCCGUCUUGGCCUGGGUCACGCUGGGUUUCCAGAGGAGCAAGGAAAGGCUCGGUCCGUGGACUCCAUGAGUCUACCUCUACCUACCCAACGUGGUGAGCAGCGCGGAGCCCAGCCUGCUCUGCGGCAUAUCCAGACUCUGCAGCCAAGCUGGGUUUCAGCCCAGCUGAUCUCACGUGACAUAUUUCAACAGAGGCUGAACCACCACGCUAGAACUUCGAUGAGCAUCUUCCUGUGAGGAAAAAAUGCUCAAUCUGAAAAUGGGGGUAAAAUUUCUUCCAAUUUGUGUUAGAUGGGGUCAGGGGCUACACACCUGUUAAAAGAGUAUUUCCUGAUCUUCCAAGAAGGCAAUGAAGAACUUGAAGGUGCAAAGUCAGUUUAGAAGGGAAAGGACUGCUAAUGCCUCUGAGAAAAUGUACCUUGUGUUUUUUGGUGGAGGGUUUGGAGGAUCGUGACGGGAGGGGAAUGGGAUGUGAGCCCACAGUGGGGAAAGUGCUGGGCCUUCCUUUCUCCGAGGCCCAACACCACGUCUUCCACACAGAGACCAACGUCAUAUAAGGACUGAUUGGUGGGGAAGGUUUUACUGCAAACUCUUGUUCUGUUCCCUACCUACGUUGUUUCGAAUGUAUUCUGGAGAGGAUGGUACUCAAAGCUGCUUAGGAAUCAAAAUAUUUCAGUGUGUUGAUUAAUACAUUAAAUCUCUGAAACUGUC